GCCCCGCGGGUCUGGGCGGCAGCGGCGGCGUCGUGGCUAUGGCGGUCGGCGGUGGGCGGCAAGGAGGCGGUGAGCUGGUGGCUGCUCCUAGCCCGGCCUCCUGACGUGCCUCGGCCGCUAGCCCGGUCCGGCAGCUGCCAUGUACCCGCCGUCUCCGAGGCAGGACUUCUUCGCGGUGACUCUGAACUUGGGGGAGCGGUCCCAGGGCGGCGGCGGCGGGAGCAAGUACUGGAGGCGGCGGCGCCUCUGCUGGCGGAAAUGGAAACAGUUAUCACGACUGCAACGGAAUAUAAUUCUUUUCUUCUUUGCCUUUCUUGCUGUCUGUGGACUCAUUUCCUACAUCAAUAUGGCUAACCACGGGAGAGCCUUCACCAGCAGAUCAUCAGAAGAACAGAAGAUAGAACUUGACAUUCCUGAACUAAAUCCAGCUGUUUUAGCAGCUCCUCAGAAAGCAGAUGCUAAUCAGGGUGACUUUCCUGAGAUUUUGCCUCAGAAAACUCGAAAUCCUCGUCGAGGGAGGCUUGUGAAUCUACAGAUCAAAGCUCCACAGGAAGAUCUGAAGGAAAGGUCACAUGAUGAUGACACCAAGAGGCUGGAGGAGGAACAUGGCCAGGCCAGCAAGGAGAAUAAAUCUGAGAGGACUGUUAUUAGCUGGAGAGGUGCGGUGAUUGAGCCUGACCAGGGCACAGAACCCCCUUCCAAUAAAAUACAAGACCCAGGUCACAGGUCUUCAACAGCAGAAAUUAAAAGCCAGAAGAAACCAGUUCUCAUCAACGAAAGACAAAAGGCUGUGAUAGAAGCGUUCCGCCAUGCAUGGAAAGGAUACAAAAAGUUUGCUUGGGGUCGUGAUGAACUAAAGCCAUUGACACAUUCAUUUAAUGAGUGGUUUGGACUUGGUCUGACAAUAAUCGAUGCCCUGGACACCAUGUGGAUUUUGGAUUUAAAAGAAGAAUUUGAAGAAGCCAAGGCAUGGGUGAAGACGGAAUUGAAUUUUGGAAAAAAUGUGGAUGUAAAUCUGUUUGAGAGUACUAUCCGAAUUUUGGGUGGACUUCUGAGUACCUACCAUUUAUCUGGAGAUAGUCUUUUUCUGGAAAAGGCAAAAGAUAUUGGAAAUCGGCUAAUGCCAGCAUUCAACACCCCCUCCAGGAUCCCAUACUCUGAUGUAAACAUUGGAAGUGGUGUUGCCCACCCUCCUCGGUGGACCUCUGAUAGCACUGUGGCAGAGGUGACAAGUAUCCAGCUGGAGUUUAGAGAGCUCUCUAGGCUCACUGGAGAUAUGAGAUUCCAGACAGCUGUGGAAAAAGUGAUGAAACAUGUUCAUUCCCUAUCAGGGAAGAAUGAUGGCUUGGUUCCCAUGUUUAUCAAUACCAACAGUGGCCUCUUUACUCACCUGGGAGUCUAUACUCUAGGUGCCCGAGCUGACAGCUACUAUGAAUAUUUGCUGAAGCAAUGGAUUCAGGGAGGAAAGAAAGAAAAUGAAUUGCUGGAAGAGUAUAUUAAUGCCAUAGAAGGGGUCAAAAGACACCUACUUCGGAAAUCUGAGCCCAGCAAGCUGACUUUUGUGGGUGAACUUGCUCAUGGCCGCUUCAGGGCCAAGAUGGAUCACCUGGUGUGCUUCUUGCCUGGUACUCUGGCUCUUGGAGCUCAUAAUGGAUUAACAGCUGAUCAUAUGGAACUGGCCAAAGCUCUCAUAGAAACUUGUUACCAGAUGUAUCACCAGAUAGAAACUGGCCUGAGCCCAGAGAUUGUGUACUUCAACAUUCAUCCUCAGAAAGGCCAUAAAGAUGUGGAGGUCAAGUCUUCAGAUAGGCAUAAUCUGCUUCGACCUGAGACAAUAGAGAGCCUUUUCUAUCUAUAUCGGUUUACUGGUGACAAGAAAUACCAGGACUGGGGCUGGGAGAUCUUGCAGAACUUCAACAAGUACACAAGGGUCCCUGCAGGUGGUUAUUCUUCUAUUGAUAAUGUCCAGAGUCCCAGCAACCCGCAGCCAAGAGAUAAGAUGGAAAGCUUCUUUCUGGGAGAAACCUUGAAGUAUUUUUUUCUGCUAUUUUCUGAUGAUAUGGACCUAAUCAACCUUGACCAAUAUGUAUUUAAUACAGAGGCUCAUCCUCUUCCCAUCUGGGCCCCUGCUUAACAGAAAUCCAGGAGAAACAGACCCUUGUGGAGGGGGGACAACUUCUCCUGGUCAUGGGGCCUUUCCCAGGUGAGCAGGGGUUGUACACAGCACAAUUUUCAGGCUUUCCUGGAGGACCAAAUGUGGGAAAGCCUUUCUCCGCUUUGGAGAAAUCAGCCAUUCUUAGAAAUCCAGCCGUGAAGUGUGUGCUGCACCCAGCUGCUGGGAGCCAGAUGAAAUCCGACUCAGGGCUGAAGCAGUGGGAAGUGGGAUGCCUAGUCCAGAGGGACCACCAGGGCCUGAGCCAUCUUGUGCCAUUUUCCUUAGGAGUCCCUGAUUCAGCGGGUUGUGCACACUGGCUUUAGGGGCUUCUUUCCCCUCAGGUUUUCAAAUCAUAGAUUCAGCUAGAAUGAGAAAGAAUAAGUCAGCAACUUGUAGUUCUAGGAUAAGGCUAUAGUCCUGACUUAGAGAUGGAAUAAGCAAGAAGUCAUUCUGCCUUCAUCAGAUAAUUGUAGUGUGCUUAGCAGUGAUUCCAGACACUCUGAUCUCACUCCACAAAUACAAAACAGUGUAGUCAUUUGGAAAAGAAAAUGGCUUAAGAAGCAUUUCUAGUGUCAUUGUUCAGAAAGCACUGUGAAUGUAUCCAUGAAGGACACGGGGUUCCUUGUAGAAAGUUAAGUAUGGGAAUCGCUGCUGGUUUGGCAUCGUCGUAUAUAAUUUUAUAGCUGUGUUUCCUUUUUGUUUUUUUUUUUAAACAUAUAAGACUCAAUGUGAAACAAAGUCAAAAAUUGCUCAUACAUUUGUAUUUGCAUCAGUUAGACUCAGGUAUUCUGACUGGAAAGGCUGCUUUGUGGUGCUGAGCUAGGAGGGCGUAGUUAGUCUAACUCAGCCUUGUCUUACUUUCCUCUCUCCCUUUGCCAUAUUCCCCCAUUGGGGUGUACCAGGCUUGAUCCAGGCCAGUGUAAAUUCCUAUAACCUGUAAUGUCUUACUUAUUUGUACUGAAAGGGUUUUAAUAAGUCUGCUUGUGGGAUAAAGGACAUUUCCUCUAAAGGACAGUUUCUCUUUGGGGUUGACUUGUUGAAAUUACACGAUUUUAUCAUGGAAUCCUUGUUGAAACAUUCUUUCCCCCAAAUGUGCAUAGAUUUAGUAGGGAUUGUAGCUGACAUAGAAGUGAGAAAAGAUCACAGUCAGUGCCGCAGAAUAGAGUCUUGUGCUGGCCCAGUGUCAUGUGAACCAAGAGCCUUCUAAUUUCCUGGCAGUCAGUGGAGCCCUACUAGGUCUUCUCUUUUGAAAGAGCGGCCCCUCACUCUACCCAAAUGAGUAAAUGCAAAUAGCAAUUUUCUACAAGUUGGGAAACAGCUUGGAACAUUGGAUAGUUAACUGUUGCUAAGUGGACAUGACCUUUCUUCCUUAGUUGGGUGAAACUGGUCAACAGUGUGGGACCAUAUAAUUUUUGAUGACACUGUUUUAUCAUUCCUUCUAGUGAUAGCUCAUGUGUAAAGUCAUUUCUGCAGUAAAUAGGAUUUAUUUGAACAUUUCAUAAAGCCAUGAUGCUAGAAAUUGGGAAUGUCUUGCCAUGACUAGAUAAUAUGUGGUUUCCUAUUUUGAAAAACUUAGGAAGGAUGUGCAUUCAUGAAUGGGGGUUCACAAAUAGGGAGACACAUAGAGUGAUGUGAAUUUUCCCAUGAGGUAUGGAGGCUGGACCGUGGAAGUCAUUUUCAGUCAAGCUGCAUUGUCUGGUUUAUGUCUACAUUGGACGACUUUGUACACUGUGAAAAAAAUAUGCUAAGUGCUAUUAGAAUGUGGGAGGUUAGAUGAGUGGUGUCUUUUCCUUUUCUUUACAUAAAUACAUGAAUUUUCGCUAACUCUGUCCUAUCACUACUCCUGUUUCCUGGAACAAAUGCUUAUUUGAGUUGAUUUUUCUUUUGUGUUGUGGGUGGUAGGAGAAUGGAGAGGAGAGCAUAUAUACCCAGUGCUGGCAGAAUUGGUAAUGAUCUUUCUUGGUUUGUUGAAAGCACCCUUUCCCUGGAUGAAUUCCUCAAAAAUGAACUGAAUCGAACCAGAUUAGUGUACCUCUGUACUCCUUCACUUCAGUGUUUCACUUUGGGGAGGAAAUUAAAAGUGAGGAAGAUGCUAUUUUUAUGGAAACUUUAAGAAAGGUCAUGUUAUCUGAGCUCCACAGAUAGGCUCUGAAAUCAUAUUUCAAUCAACAAAGCCCUAAUCCUAAUUUCUCUGGCCAAAAUUGCUCCCUAAGGACCAUUAUUCAGGUGGGAGGCAGCUUAGUGAAGAAAGAACACUGAAAAGCUGAUUAAGUCUGGAGAGUCUCAGAUCUGCCAGUAUCUGUUUGACUUUGAGCAAUGCACAUUGUCUCUGGCUCUCAGUGGAGGGAAUUGAACUAGGUGAUCUCUAUGGUCCCUUCUGGUUAUAAAACUAAAUGACUGGGUGGUAUUUUGAUCUCUAGUACCUUCAUCUUCAACCAAAGGGAAAAAAUGUGCCCUGGUGUCCUCAAAGUGGGAGGAUACUGCUAAAAGUAAAUUUGUAGCCACAGAAUGUAAAAAGCAUCGAACUUAGAAUCAGAAGACCUGGGCUAGGACCCAGGGCUCCUUACUCACAGGCCAAUGUAAUCUAUUACACCUUGUCAUACAGAAAUUAAUGUGCAAAAGAAACCCUAGGUCCUGUGGGGAAAGGGGAGGAUUUUAUUCCAUGUUCUGAAUCACCAAAUAAUGGAGUUCUAUAUUAUACAUUUUAUUAAACUUAUAACUUAUUUUAA